AUGGAAGAAUUGGGCAUUUGUGGGUUUGAUUCUUCCAAGAAAUAUCGAUUAGAAGAACUUGUCAAGUAUCAGUCUGGUUCAUGUAUUGAGUUUGAAGAUGUUGAAGGAGAUGAUGAUGAUAUGGCAGUAGAUUAUCCAUGUCCAUUUUGCUCAGAUGAUUAUGAUUUAGUUGAAUUGUGUCACCAUAUCGACGAUGAGCAUCAACUAGAUGCUAACAAUGGGACAUUGAGGCUUCACAUGAAGCACAUUUGUUUCUCCUUGACGAAAACUUACCGUGAACAAAAGCAAAGACUUUACAAGGAUGAGUCAUAUUCAUCAUUGUCUCCAGGAACAAAGAAGUACUUACAAUCUCUAAUCGAUGAGCCACUAUCCAGAAACCAUACAUCUAAAAGUGUUCCUGACUCAUUAUUAUCAUUUAUCUACAAUCCACCGUCACCAAACGAGCACAAGCUUUUACUGCCUGAUUUAUCCACAAGCAUCGGAGAGAAGAGCUCUAUUAGGGAUCCAACAGAAAAAGACGGGAAAUCACUGUCUCCCUUGUCAGAUACUGAGCUGUUAGAGAAGGCAAAGAAGAGAGAGUUUGUACAAGGUUUAAUAUCAUCAGCCAUAUUCGAUCAUAUCGACAACUUCUGA